AUGGAGAGUGAUCAAUCAUCCAACCCCCAAACUGGAAGGAAAACUUGGACUCCUCCCAUGGAUAGACUGUUCAUAGGUCUAAUGGAAGACCAAGUACAGAAAGGACAACUACUCGAUGGUCAAUUCAGCAAAUAUGCUUGGACACACUUUGUUGAUAAUUUCAAGCAGAGUUUUGGUUCUUCUUUUACCAAGGAUGUGUUGAAAAAUCGUAUGAAAACUUUGAAGAAGAACUAUGUUGCUGUGAGUACUCUUAGAGGUCAAAGUGGAUUUGGAUGGGAUCAGUCGCGAGAAAUUGUGAUUGCUGAGGAUGCUGUAUGGGAUGAUUAUAUCAAGAAGCAUCCUGAUGUCAAAUGCUGGAGGACAAAGACCCUUGCUCAAUUUGAUGAGUUAGCUAUUAUAUUUGGGGAUAAUAGGGCCAAUGGAAGGUAUAGCCGUUGUAGGAAUGACAAUACUGUGCAAGAUGAUGAUGACCAUGAUAAUGAAAAUUUAGAUAACACGCAAUCUCCAGAUACCCCUCAAGAACAGAAUGAGAAUGGAUAUAAAUAUAAGGAUGAGGACUUGCGUACAUCUGACACUCAAAAAAGGGCUCGAGCUUCAACAGGUCUGAAUUCACGUCCUUUUAGAAAGACCAAAAAGAGUACAGGAGAAGGAAUGGUAGAUGCAAUUCAGGUAAUGGCAGCGGCUGUGAACAAUGUUGCGACUAAGAAAGAAGAAAACAAAAUUUCAUCAUCUUUAGAGGCAAGUUUAGUGUCCGCACUCGAGGAUGUACCAAAUUUGGAUGAUGAUACUUUUGUGCAGGCGCUAGAUUUAUUGGAAGAUGAAAAGAAAGCUAAUAUUUUCAUUGCAUUGACUGGGAACAGGAAACGACAGUGGUUGUUAUCGAAGCUCAAUAUUCCCGCAUAUUAUCCUUCCAAUUUAAGUGACUAG